AUGUGUGUACCUAGAGGGCGUGUGAUGCUGAAGAUCAGCGGGGAGGCGCUGCAGGGCCCUGCCGGCUACGGCGUGGACCCGGCCAUCCUCUCCGGCAUCGCGCGCGAUGUGGCGGCGGCCGUCGCGGCCGGCGUGCAGGUGGCGGUGGUCGUCGGCGGCGGCAACUUCUUCCGUGGCGUAGGGCGCUGGCCCGGGCUGGACCGCGCCAGCGCCGACUACGUGGGCAUGCUGGCCACGGUGAUGAACGCGGUGUGCCUGCAGAGCGCGCUGGAGGCGGAGGGCGUGCCCACCCGCGUGCAGACGGCCAUCGAGAUGCGGGAGAUUGCAGAGCCCUACAUCCGGCGUCGGGCGAUGCGCCACCUGGAGCGUGGCCGCGUGGUCAUCUUCGGUGCGGGAACGGGGAACCCUUUCUUCACCACCGACACCGCGGCAGCGCUGCGCGCCGCGGAGAUCGGCGCGGGCGCGUUCCUUAAAGCCACGAAAGUGGACGGCGUGUACGACUGCGAUCCAGCGCACCACGCGGGCGCCACGUUGCACCGCAGCCUCACCUUCCAGGAGGUGCUGCAUGCCUCGCUGGCGGUGAUGGAUGGCACGGCCAUCACGUUGUGCAAGGAGAACGACAUCCCAGUGGUGGUCUUCAACCUAACCACACCGGGGACGAUGCUCCAAGCCCUGCUGGGGGACUGGAGCGUGGGCACGGUCAUCUCGAGCAGCAGGCAGGAGCAGGCCCAGCCGGCACCCACCGCGUGA